UGAUGAUCUUUGACCAAGACGCUCAAUGUGAUGGCAGGGCAGUUAGCCACAGUUUGGCAGAGGAAGAGGGUGUGUGAUUUUGAGUGGGUUAGUUGCCGGCGUCCCAAGCUUUAGUAAAAUCGCUCAUUUUAGAUGUGACAACCUUCUUACGUGCUUGUAAAGAUAUUAAGAUAAUUCACCCCAAAGGCAGAUAUAUAUAUUCUGAAGCAAAAUGGUGAGAUUUAGUAUAUACGUUAAAGCUGAAACUGAGAAUGUGGAGACUUUGUUCUUCAAUCCUGAUGAGUAUGUCUGGAAUAUAAUGGUGAAGUGUGCUAAUUGUAAAGAAGUGUACGACAACUGGCAGACAUUGUGUAAAAGUGUAACCAAACCACUACGUGUUGGAAGAGGAUAUGUUCACUACUCGUCCAAGUGUAAAUUUUGCAAGAUGGAGAAUAGUAUCAUUAUUAUGGAGGACUCCAUGAAGCCAUAUGAUGGAAACAGAAAUGAUUUCCAGCCUAUUGCAACGUUUGAGUGUCGUGGGAUUGAACUGAUUGGCAUUAGACCAGGUGGUGGUUGGAUUGUAACAACAAAGAGGAACAAUAGCACUUUCACUGAUAUCAAUCUUGAUGAAGAUUAUGUAGAAUACAAUGAAGAAGGUGUUUUAAGUAUUUUGGAUUUUGAGUGUCAAGUUAGAAGAUCCUGAGUGAAAUAAGUGUGUUAUUAUUGUACUGUGUUCAAAUAAAUUCUUAAUAUGUA